AUGGAUCGCAUGUUCACUGUUUGGUGGGAAUACCCGCAGAAAGUGAACAGCAAAUGCAUAGUCCAUCCGCCAGCCGGCACACACCACGUGACAUGCUGGAUGAGGAAAAGUGGCCGCCAAGCUCCCUCGGAAGUUGAACUGAUCUGCUGCUGCUCCAUUACUUGCUUCGUCUCUUCCUCAACUUCUCGCGGCUUCAUCGCCUCCCCUCCGUCUUUGCGCCUUCCUCGCCCCUCGCCCACCCCGCGCUCCCCCCGCGCGUUCCUAUGGAGCUCCAAUUCACUGCGGCGACGCGCGCGACUUCCACCAUCACUAUGGCAGUCGCCCAUGGCUGCCCUCAGUGAAUACAUUUGUUUUGGUUCUUCCUUCCCUUUCGCUCACCCCGGCGCCGCUCUUGUUUUCUUCUUCACCCUGCUCUUCCUUCUCUUCUUCUUCUUCUUCUUCUUCUUUCCCUUCUCUCCUAUCACCCAUCUUCCCAUUACCUUCAGACGCGUUUACGAGCUUAGCGAAUACAGCAACUUUCCAUUCCUCGCGAUCGAACUCGUACCGCUUCUUUCACCACUUCUUUCACCCAAAGAACUUGUUUCUAGAUUACUUCUCACCAUGUCUGGGGUUUUCUCGACUAUGAGACCCAGCGUGGAGGACCACCCAAUGCCUGACGUAUGCUAUAUGCCCUCAGAUUCGGCGCCCCACGAGGAGGCCGUCGAUAAUACCGCCCAUGACCCCAUGGAUUGUGCUCCCGAUUCCCCCGCAUCUAACAUCCCUCAGGAAACUGCCAAAGCCCCCUCCGCAGAGAUUCCAAAGUAUCAGCUCCGAUCCGUGCAUGUUCCCGGCAAUCCAAAGGCUGUGAGACUCAAUGGAAAACAUGAAGUCAAGCCCUCCUUCCCCCUCCGCACCCCGCUCAUCAGACCCGAUCAUCGUUUCUCCCCGAAUAGUCGCGCGGCCUCAUUCCUCGGCGUUGAUGCCCUCCAGAAGAGCGGUCGUAAUGCGCAUUCAUCUCAUCUUUUAAGCCAUCUGGGUACCAGCAAAUAUCUAUCUGCCGGCCUGAACCACGUCUCCUGGUCGAAUAACAAACCUCUCAGCCUCCCUUUUGGUCCAGACAGGUCAAAUGAAACCGGUUACCUUCUUGGAGGCAAGUCUAUUGGUAUAGACAAGAAAACUUUUCAUAUGAAUGUCAAUAAACAUUCUGGCUUUACUACGCCUUCUCGCAAGAGAUCAAUGGAAGGUGAUGGCUAUGAGCAAGCUCAACCCAUCACUUCACCUUCUGCUAAAUUCCGUCGUGUGAGGGCUGGUAGCUUUGCACGCAGUGCUGCUACUGAACUUGAGGCCACUGCCAACGAAGAUGAUUGGUACCCUGGUUCCCCCAUGGACAUCGACACUCCUGAACACAACAACGAACCAAACAUGGUUACAGCCCUUGCGGCAGUUGAAUCUCAUCUCGCUCUUCCUGAAACCUCUCCUAAGUCGCGUCGACUGGACGCUUCCAAAGUCAAGCCUGUCACCGCUCUUGCGGUCUCGACCACCCCUAGCACUCCAGAGAACCAUAUGAUGCCUGGAGCGUGGCCCGAAUCAGUGCCGUCUCACUGGUCCACCGAUGCCGCCACCGAUAUCGAAGAUAGCCCUAUGAUUUCCGAUGAAGAGAUCCUAUCCAACAAUACGGACAUGGCCGACGCUGGAGAGCCGACUAUUCCCGUGAAUUCGGACGCCGAACCACAGCCUUCCUCACCUUGGUAUGCUUACUGGGGGACGUGGCAUAGCUACUUGCAGACAGUUGUCUCCAUUCCCACUGGAAUUACUCAGAACUUUUCCUAUGCGGCAAGGUCCGCUGCGAAUGCGGUUGGUGCUGCUAGGCGACGCGUGUGCGCACUUUGGAAUCGCCGCGGUGGACGUCGUCUUCCUUCGCCUCCUGGAUCGCCCACGCGCCUCAACCUUCGCAACCUUUCUCCGGAACAGCAGGAGCGUGUGGAUCGUGAUAGGAGAAUCCGAAGCGGACAAUCCAGCCCCCGUACCGACAAAUCUUUCCCCGACUUCUCCAACGUUCCUAAUUUCUCCCAUAACAACAACACGGCUCCUACAGUCGAGUCUUCUCAGAUUUUGCAGGACCUUGUGUCUCAGGAGCAGAUGCCCCAGGCACUCAGUGACUCUGUAUCUGUUCAGCGACGUGCUCAUGAGCCAAAGAAUGUGGGAACUCGCAAACACCCUGGGAUGCCGCCAGUGAAACAGCCAGCUCGGAGAUCCCCUCCACGCUCGGCUCAGCGUUCAGCUCAACGUUCAACUCAAGACACAGCCCAAAAGCCUCUCCGUCGGCAAGGAAGCCCGGGUAUUCGCAAGCAAAAGCACAUUACGCGUGCUGAGCGCGCCGAGAACCGUGAGCGAUCUGCUGCGUUCAGAGCCCUCUUCGUUGGGGACAUCGCCGGCAUGAAGAAAGCUAUGGAGGCUCAGGCCGCGCGUGACCGUCAAGCCUCCGCCGCAGGUCGCCGUCCGGUUGAACUAAACUUGAUGAGAAGCAGCUAUGAACUAGACAGAGCUCAAGACUUGAACAUGUUGGCGAAUGUUCAGUCUCGCUCGUUUACUGCAGUUGAUCAACUGGGUGCAACUGAAAAGGUUCUCUCAUCAUCAAUCACUGUUGCACCCAAGACAAUUCUCAAGAUAAGAGGAAGGCCCAGCAUUUCUGGGAAUAGAACUAGAUCUCGCCGCGCCACUCCGCGCAGGGUUCGCUUCCGCGAGCCUGUGGUAGCCGAGUUCAUUGACGACACGCGAGAUUGGGGUGAGGUGGAGGACAACCUGGCACCCCAUCUCGGAGAUACGCUUGAUGUCAAUGAGAGAACUACCGAAACCAGUGUUGGCACGAAAGCCGAGUACACAGAAAAGGAAAACGUGCCGCCAGCCCUGGAGAACGAGGAAGAGAAUGAGCCCAUCGUUGACCCCUGGUCCCAACCAACCUUUGAGUUCCCGCUGGGUCGAGCAGUAUCAGCUGUCAGUCUAUUUUAUCCCGAGCCAAAACCCAUUCCAGAGGGCAGAACCGAGUCUGUGUACGCCGACCGUUGGAGACAGAUCCAAGAAGAAGAGAGGCAGAAAGCGCUCCCAUCACAUGGGCGCGUAUCCGGAGGAAAAACCGUCGCGACCACCCUCUCCGGUGACCCUCUAACGAAGAGGAGCCUCGCCACCUGUUACACGCGCGGCGAGUGGCUUAACGACGAGGUGAUCAACGGAUACCUUGCCCUCAUCGUUGAUUACCUCCGACGCAAGAACCACAACGCCGGCCGCAACGACAAGCCCCGAUUCCAUGCCUUCAAUUCGUUUUUCUUUUCGAAUCUCAGAGACAAAGGCUACGAGUCCGUGGCCCGGUGGGCCAAACGGGCCAAGAUCGGCGGCUCACUCCUCCUCGACGUAGACACCGUCUAUAUCCCGGUCCACAACAGCCAGCACUGGACGCUGGUUGUUGUGCGACCGGGGGAACGCUCAAUCGAGCAUUUCGAUUCUCUUGGGGCCCGGUCUCGCCGCCACAUCGCGGUAGUCCAAACUUGGCUCCGCGGCGAGCUGGGCCCCAAGUACGUCGAGGAGGAGUGGCGCGUGUUGCCGUCCCUGUCCCCCCAGCAAGACAAUGGUUCAGAUUGCGGGGUCUUCCUCCUCACCACGGCCAAGGCUGUGGCCAUCGGCCUCGAGCCACUGUCUUACGGCGCGCAAGACACACCGCUCUUGCGCCGUAAGAUAGUGGCCGAGCUGAUGGCCGGCGGCCUGGAGGGGGAAUUUGACCCCGCCCAGCAAGACCAUGUCUUGCUAUGA